AAAAAAAUACACAAGAAACACAGACUUUGUUGAAUAAGCACAGGCGGUGACCAAUUAUUGAAAGUAUAAAAACAACAUGAUUUUGCUCGGAAAAGAUCAUGGGCGACUGGAGCUGGAGCAGGUGCGGGUAGGUGUGUCGAGGUGUGUGGUGCUUCCAGCCGCUUCGAGUUCAGGCGUGUACGUGUAACCGUCACGUGACUGAAUAUCAAACGCCGCUCGCUGCUCCAUCAUUUCGAUCGCCGUGGGAUUCCCCCCUACACGGCGCUCGCUCGGUCUGGUUUUUAGCGAAUUAAAUCCUUAAUUAAGAGCAGAGCUAACUUUUCAGCGCGGCCGCGGACUGAGGGUGGUGGUGGUGAUCAAGUCGUGAGCUUUCUGAACGACGAUGACCGAAGAGUAUUCGAGGUGUGCUCCGGGGUGUACUCCGAUGUAUCAGAUCUUUUGCGGAGUACAGACGGUCGACAGACGGAGUGCAUCGGAGUACACUGGAGUACACAUCGAAUACACUCGGAUUUCAAGGUGUACGUCGACGUAUCAUCAUGGUACAUCAGCUUUGCAAUUGCCUCUCGGAAUGAAAAAUGAUCAUUCGAGGAGCAUGUCUUUGGGGUUGCAAGGACUUGCUGGAAGCAAGGCGAGGAGUGGGUUGUGCUCUCUGUGGCUCGCAUGCGAGAAGGAGAGCCCUGCUUGGCGAGGAUAAGCUUGUCGUCGAGGACGGACGCAUCGUUGGUGUGGCGAGGACGCCCCGAGGGGUAGGGGUACUUCACUUAAAAAUAGUCUACCCCCACCAAUAAAAUCAGAAACAAAUGAGAAAAAUCAAGAAAUAAUGAAAAAAAUCAGAAAGAGAAAAAAAAAUUAAAUUAAACAUCAGCAGAGAAAAUUAAAAUCAAUAAUACACUGAUAAACAAAGUGUUCAAAUGCUCAACAUUUGUAAGUGUGCAACUGCAACUCCUCGGUAGAUUGAACGCUCACUGUGUAGAAAGUGCUCAACCGAGGAGUUGCACACUUGCAAGUGCACAACUACCGAGUUGAACACUUGCAAGUAUUCGACUUGCAGUUGCACACUUGCAAGUGUUGAGCAGUUAAACACUUAGAUUAUCAGUGUAAUCAAGAAGACAGAACAAUCGGUGUACGCUUGCAUUUAUAGCGAUUUAUAGUUAAGUACCCCUCGGGACGCCGCCUCCCCCGUAGGCGACUGGACGAGCGGGUGACCCGCAGAGCAACGAAGUCUGGUUGAGCGGUGACGGUGAAGUCUGAGAUGUGGUGCUCUUGCAGGAAUGCGUGACGCUGACGUCCGGCCAGCCGGGCAAGUGCUGCAGCUACGCGGUCAACGCCGUAAGCGGAGGCGGAGGAGACGGAUACGGAAAGUAGUGAAAAACAAAAAGAAACUUGACGGAAAACAGUCUUUUGGGCAUUGACAUGAUGUGAUGACUACGGACGAUUACAGGACAACGACGUUUAAUUUCGACAACGACUCAUCGCACAAAGGCGGUCCUUUCUUUUGAUAGGUAAUUUAAUUCUCGGAGCCACAUUUUUGCUUUACAUUUUUUAUUUCUGUGAUUCUCUGUCGUCUUUGUAAUAAUAAAAGCUGUAAAUUUCUUUUACGAAUGCUCGUAAUUUCUUCUCUCAAAUUGUUGUCGAGACCUCCUCUAUCUCAAGAAAAGAAUGCACUCACUGUGAGACAUAGCUUAACGAGUCAUCGGAUUUCUGCAAACGGUAAGAUUUCUCUCUCUCUCUCUUUUCCAACUCACACCUCCUAACUGUAUUGUGGUCUCUCUCGUGUCGACUGGUUCGCCGGACUACUCCCCUCACAAACAGGGCACCUGCAUAGUUGUAGAUUUUGCACUUCCUUUUCCGGGCGUGUCCCAACGCAGAUGAAUGCUGAAUUACAAUCCCAGUAUAAAUGUGGGGGAUUGCCGACUGAUACAUCCGUUUUGCAUGCUGACCGACCGCUUGGCUGUGCUAUCUCAUGCAUGUCAGAAAUGUUUGCCCAGCUUGGAUGUCACGCUUGGCUUGCACGCGAAAGAAGUACAACUCAAUCGUGUUCGACUCAGACUGUUCCUUGUUUGUCCUCGCGCCCUACACUUGCAGCUUACUGCAGGCAAGCGUCGUCCCGCCCGGUGUUCAACGUUCUGUACAAGACAAAGCAACGUGUCCCUGUAGUUGUAACCACCACUCACAUGAUAUGUAUGGUUCCUGCAAUAAUUUAACAGGCACUGCGCACUGCUUUAAGAGGUUUACUGCGACGAGCCGGUCAUACAGCUCAGGCGGUGGCGACCUUGCUCGGUACGGAUUGCAGACGGUAUGCUGUGCUUACAGGGCUGCCAGACCGCCGGCGGCGGCCAGCAGGGCGUGUGCUGCGAGGAGGCGUCCCCCUACCAGGAGGGCCAGGACGAGGAGCCAACCACCAACCCCAACCUGACCAAGGAGGCCAACCUGUACUACAACCAGGGCGACAAGAAGCCGACCCCGCCCCCGCCCGCUGUGUCAGGCUACGCAGCGAGCCCAGCCACCCCGGCCCCCAGGCCUGUUGGCUACGGCCAGGGGCAGGGACAGUCCGCACCUCAACCGACUUACGCCCCCCAGCCCAGGCCGCAGCCGGCGCCUCAGCCGACGUACGCCCCGCAGCCACCACCCCAGCCCGCGCCUCAGCCGACCUACCGCCCACAACCCGCUCCCCAACCAUCCUACAACAACCCUCAACCCGCGCCCCAACCAUCGUACAACAAACCCCAGCCCAUUCCCCAACCGUCGUACAACAACCCUCAACCUCAACCCGCACCCCAACCGGCCUACAACAAACCCCAGCCCGCUCCCCAGCCAGCGCCUCAACCGACGUACGCGCCACAACCACCAACUCAACCGGCCCCUCAGCCAACGUAUAGGCCUCAGCCACCGCCCCAGCCCGCUCCUCAGCCAUCUUACUACAGCUCUCAACCAGCUUCUAAACCAACAUACGCACCUCAGCCACCUACCCAGCCCGCGCCUCAACCAACCUACGCCCCUCAGCCACGACCUCAGCCUGCACCCCAACCUCAGCCGACGUACGCCCCUCAGCCACGGCCUCAGCCUGCACCUCAGCCUCAGCCGACGUACGCUCCUCA